UUAAAAAAAUAAUUUGACGUUUUGUUUUUCUAUAAUUUUUUUAAUCAGCAAUUUUGCCAGCCAUGAAUUUGAAACUUAACAACGAGGUAAGAAGCUCAGUGAACUUGACUAAAGAGCCUCCUGCUUCCGUGAAGGAGGAGCGUCGUCGCACUGGUCGCUACAUCGCCAUCCUAGUGGGCAUCUGCCUGCUGAUGCUGGCCUUCUACCACGCGUGGGUCCGCAAGAUCCCAGUGGUGGCCAGCCUAGUGGUGCCCGCUCUUAUCAUGUUCGUGUACGUCGGCUGGGUGCUGUAUACAGCUUCGAGGGAUAAAAGACGGAUCUUUCAAUUACUGGACGCUGAAGCAGCACUUAAUGCCGAAGGUGCUGACGAUGGAACAUCAGAAAACCAAGCCAAUAUAGAAAUAUCCGUCAUCUCCAGCAAGGAAACCAGCAAAACAACUUCCCCGGACUCACCCAAUGACUGGUCAGAAAUCUCCUCUGUGUUCCUAAAAGGGAACGGUAAAGAGGAGAACAGGGUAUGCUUCGUGAAACCCAUAAUACUAAUAAACGAUAAGCCUCAUGAGGAUUAUGACGAAAAGUGGUCGAAUAUUGUCGAGACGCUGACUAGCAAUGAGAAGAUUAAAGUGCUACCACCGAGAAGAAGAUUCAAAAGAAGAUUUUGUAGAAGCAGACGACAUGCGAUCUUCAAAAGAUCGUAUUCGAUCGGUUGAUGUGUAUCUGUUUUUAUUUAGAAAAAAUAGGAGUGUACAGUUUUAAGAGUUGAGAUUGUAAUAUAUUAGUAGGCUUGAGUCUUUUAUUAUUAGGAAAAUAAGAGUGUACAGUUUUGAGAUUUGAGCUUGUAAUAUAUUGAUAAGCCAUGUAUAAUAAAAAUUUGCUUUAAGGGUCAGAUCGCAUUGCAAAGUGACGGGGUGAAUGUGAACUGACACUAAAUAAAGUGGAUGUAGUAUAGAUGUACAGAAACGGUGCAUCUACAUUUACACAUAGGAUUGAUUUUGGACCAAAUAGUUGUCAGGUAGGUUAAAUUAGGUAGGUUUAUUAAACGUGU